AUGGCAGCCAUGGUUUCCCCCGUGCUCUGGUGCGCUCUGUUAUGCUGCCUCUACUCGGUCGCGCUUGGAGGCAAGGAGCACAACUUCGUAGUGGUGCCAGCCAGCUCCUUCGAGCCAGAAGCAGCAUGUUCCACAUCAGUAACUUCUGAGCUGCCGAACCGUGCGUCCGUGCCCCUGGCGCACCGGCACGGACCGUGCGUGCCCUCGGGGGCCAGCGGCAAGCCGUCUCUCGCCGAGAGGCUCCGCAGAGACCGAGCCCGCGCCAACUACAUCAUUCGCAAGGCCUCGGCGCGCACGAAAACGUUGUCAGCAGGAGACGCGAGCGUCCCGACGUUCCUCGGCGACUCGGUCGACUCGCUGGAGUACGUGGUCACCCUGGGCAUCGGCACGCCGCCCGUGCAGCAGACCGUGCUCAUCGACACUGGCAGCGACCUGUCGUGGGUGCAGUGCGCGCCCUGCAACUCCGCGCAGUGCUACCCGCAGAAAGACCCCCUGUUCGACCCCAGCAAGUCGUCCACGUUCGCGCCCAUCCCCUGCUCCACCGACGCGUGCAAGGCGCUCUCGGCCGACAGCUACGACAACGGCUGCACCAACGCCACGGACGGCGGCGCCUCCCUGUGCGGGUACGCGAUCGAGUACGGCAACCACGCAGUCACCACGGGGGUGUACAGCACGGAGACACUCACGCUCAACGCCGGCGUCUCCGUCAGCAACUUCAGCUUCGGCUGCGGCAGCAACCAGCACGGGCCCUACGACAAGUUCGACGGCCUCCUCGGCCUCGGCGGCGCGCCGGAGUCGCUCGUGUCGCAGACGUCGUCCGUGUACGGCGGCACCUUCUCCUACUGCCUCCCGCCGACGAGCGGCAGCGCCGGGUUCCUCACCCUCGGCGCGCCGAGGAACAGCACGGCCGACUUCCUGUUCACGCCGAUGCGCCACCUAUCCCCGGAGCUCGCGACGUUCUACGUCGUCACGCUCACCGGCAUAAGCGUCGGCGGGACAGCGCUGGACAUCCCGCCGGCGGUGUUCUCCAAGGGCAUGAUCAUCGACUCCGGCACGGUCAUCACGGGGCUCCCGAAGACGGCCUACGCGGCGCUGCGGACGGCGUUCCAGAGCGCCAUGUCCCAGUACCCGCUCCUGCCGCCGUCGGAGAACGGGCUCGACACGUGCUACAACUUUACCGGCAACAGCAGCGUCACCGUGCCCAAGGUGGCCCUCACGUUCAGCGGCGGCACCACCGUCGACCUCAGCGUGCCGUCGGGGGUUCUGGUGGAAGGAUGCCUCGCCUUCAGGGGAGAAAGCUCCGACGGCAGCAGCGGGAUCAUCGGCAAUGUGAAUCAGCGUACCUUGGAGCUCUUGUACGAUUCUGGCCGCGGAAGCGUCGGAUUCAGGUCUGGUGCCUGCUGA